AUGGCCAAGAAGAAGUCCUUUGAAAUGAAGCUCAAGGAAAUCAAUGAGAACCUCUCUAGGAUGAGCGCUGACACCGAGAAUGCUAGAAAUGCUAGUGAAUCUAUCGAACUAGCCACCGAAAGCUCGUCCGCUGCUCUAGACACCACUCCCACUCCGGCACCUCGUCGCUCCGUCGCCACGGAUGCUAGCACUAUCGCUAGCACCGACGCUAGCACCAACGCUAGCACUAAUGCUAGCAAAGCAUCGCUAGCCACGGAACGCAUCAUAAAGCAAGCGAUAGAGGACCAAAUUGAGGACCUCAAUGCGAAGAAUACGUACACCUUGAUCAUUCGACCAAGGAAGACCCAGGUGCUACCAGGCCAAUGGAGAUUCAGCAUCAAGAAGGACGCGCAUGACUACGCCACCGGUUUCAAAGCCCGCUAG